UUGCUGUGUGCACGGUGCUCAGUAUCCACCCUGUCGCUCCCGGUGAGACAUGCUGUCCUCAUGUUCAGUAUGAGGAGGUGACUCGAUAGGAAGACUGUCUCUGUGUGCAACUGACGCCUUUUAGCAACAGCUGGCAGUUCGUGCCUUUUAUUUUGGUUUUGAAAAUAGGAAGUUAGAGUCGUCGCGAGGGUACAGGGUUAAAGCUGCGAGUUGGGUUUGAGUGAGGUCAGCUGUGGUCAGUCAUCUGAGGAGAAAGCACAUCUGAGGUGAGGUAAAGAGGAAGCGCUGCCAUGAUGAAAAUCGACAACCCAGCGUCAGGCAGCUGGACUCUAGAAAACAAGCCAACAUCCACGGCUGUGAAGAAUUCCUGCCACCCCAAUCUAAAGAUGUUCCUUGCUGCCUUGUCGUUUGCCUACUUUGCCAAAGCUUUAACUGGCAGCUACAUGAAGAGCACAAUAACACAACUGGAAAGGCGCUUUGAGAUUCCCAGUUAUCUGAUCGGCAUCAUAGACGGGAGCUUUGAAAUAGGGAAUUUGUUGGUGAUUGCCUUUGUGAGCUACUUUGGUGCCAAACUCCACCGACCUAAGAUCAUAGCAGUUGGAUGUAUCCUGAUGUCAUUCGGGACCUUCUUGAUCGCCAUGCCUCACUUCAUCAUUGGCCGCUAUAAGAUCGAAACAUCAGUUAGAUCGUCAGUGAAUUCAACAAAUAACCUCUCUCCAUGUUCAGCAAGCUCACUUGAGUCCACCAGGGCAGGUGACCGACCCUCUAUAUUGUCCUCUAAAGGCUGUGAGCGAGAGUCCAGCGUUUCUAUGUGGAUCUACGUGUUUCUGGGAAAUGUCCUGCGUGGGAUCGGAGAGACUCCGGUGCAGCCUUUGGGAAUCUCCUAUAUUGAUGAUUAUGCACAAUCGGAGAAUGCUGCCCUCUAUAUUGGGUGUGUCCAAACCAUUUCAAUCAUUGGUCCUGUGUUUGGGUACCUGCUGGGGUCGCUGUGUGCAAAGAUCUAUGUGGACAUCGGCUAUGUGGAUAUGGAGACAGUGACUAUUACCCCUGGUGACGCCCGCUGGGUGGGGGCGUGGUGGCUGGGCUACCUGAUAGCUGGUAUCAUCACCCUCCUGUCUGCUGUUCCUUUCUGGUUCCUGCCUAAAUCUCUGCCUAUGCCGGUGGAGAAACAUGAUACCAGCUGCACUCCAGAGCAAACUAGGUUCAUCAAAGAUUCUCCGAGCAUGGAGCACAAAUUCAGACCUGAAGAGCCGACUAACUUACAUCAGAUGGCCAAAGAAUUCCUACCCACGUUGAAGAGUCUCCUUGGAACCCCGGUGUACAUCAUCUACUUAUGUGUGACCAUCAUUCAGUUCAACUCUCUCAUCGGGAUGGUCACCUACAAACCCAAAUACAUCGAGCAGCACUACGGCCAGUCGGCAUCCAAAGCCAAUUUUCUCAUGGGAAUGAUCAACAUCCCUGCGGUGGCCCUUGGGAUGUUUUCUGGAGGAGUUAUCAUGAAGAAGUACAAGCUGGGUAUCAUGGGAGCGGCUAAAUUUGCCUGCGGGACCUCCCUACUGGGCUACUUCCUGUCGCUCUUCUUCUUCGCCAUGGGCUGUGAGAACUCCAAGGUGGCUGGCAUCACAGUUGCAUAUAGCAGAGCGGAAGGCCUGUCUAAUCAGGAGCAGUCUCUCCUUUCCAACUGUAACUUGGGUUGCUUGUGCUCAAAGAGGGAGUGGGAUCCGGUGUGUGGAGAGAACGGGAUCACAUACAUGUCCCCAUGCUGGGCUGGAUGCACCUCGUCCACUGGAUCUGGCAGAAAUACGGUGUUUGAUAAUUGCACUUGUGUAGCGCUGGCUGAAACCCAAACAGGCAACCUGACGGCGACUCUGGGCCAGUGUCCACGCCAGGACAGCUGUGACAAAAUCUUUCCAUACUUCCUGGCUCUGUGUGUCGUCAGCUCCUUCAUCAUCUCUCUCGGGGGAACACCUGGCUUUGUGCUGCUAGUCAGGUCCACUAAGCCAGAGCUGAAAUCUCUUGCUCUUGGAAUCCACACGUUGGCCACUCGCACCCUCGCUGGAAUACCUGCCCCUAUAUACUUUGGAGCAAUAAUCGACACAACGUGCCUCAAGUGGGGAUCCAAGAUGUGUGCAGGACGAGGAGCGUGCAGAAUAUAUAACACCUCAUCUUACAGGACAGUGUACCUGGGCCUGACGCUGGGCUUGAGGACAGUCUCCUUCUUCCUUUGUAUUCCAGGCUUUGCUCUACUGAAAAGGCAUAUUAAGAGGCAGGAGAAAAACGCUCUGACCAAUGGGAAUGCAGAGUUAGAGACACUGCAGAAAGAGGACAACAGCUACACACACUGUGAGCAGUUCAUACCCGUCUCGGACCGCAAUCCCGACAGAGAGACGCGCUUAUGAGCCUCAGCACAACCUCGUCUCUUUUGAACGAGCUCCGUAGAGCACAUCGCAUGUACAGAGAAUCACUGUGGACACUUUUCACAGCAUAAGUAAAUAUUUGUACAGGGUCUAUGUAGACAUACAGCUUUUUUUUUAUUUCUGGAAUGUAUACAUUUAUGUUGUGUUUUUCAUGAAUUGCAACCUUUUGUAGAUAAA